AUGACACCCUCUCUGCGGGAACAUUCUGCGGCACGCGAGAUUCCAGAGCCUCUCAGUGAAGAUCGAGAAGAGUCAACCCUUGAAGGUGAUACUGAGUGUGAGAGUGAUAGUGAAGCUAGCGGUGGAAGGAACAGGGAGGCAAUGUCAGCCCAGGACUUGGAAGGGGAGUCGCAGGCGCAGCCACAGUUGGGGUCACGCCCAACAGGACCUGCCCGGUCAGAGCCAGAGGCGAAGGCGAUCACUGCAAGCAAACGAUGUCUUGGCGGCGCUGGCAGCAACAAGGAGAAUGUCGCACCAUUGUCACCGCAGUCUAUCCCCACUGGAGUGGCAGAUAAUGUCUCUGGGAACAAACACUCAAAGGACACCCAUGCUGCAGUCGGCGACUCUUUUGCAUGUCGCUUUGAGCCAGACACAAGCGGCCUUUAUAUCCUCCUAUAUUGGCAGGCUAAGGAUAAGCGCCUCGAGUUUCUCCUGUGGCCGCCCAUUUGGCGGUCGGAGGAUGACGUUGCGAAGGUUGCUCCGGACCAGCUCAAGUGA